AUGCAUAGGCACGCUGGCUACCAGUACGCCGCAGCUCCCGCAGCUCCCACUCACAGGUACUCGGGCACCUCGAGUGCCUUCUCCGCCUCAGCAAACCCCAACGAGGACUGGACCAAGAUCUCGGAUCUUGCGGAGCGCCGAAGGAUACAGAACCGCAUUGCCCAACGCAACUACCGCAAGAAGCUCAAGAAGAGGCUCGAAGACCUCGAGCGCCGCGCGGCUUCGAGCUCCGCGUCGCCCGAGCAAAAGCCUGCUGAGCUGCAGCCUACGCAGCCCUCCGCGCGCCAGCCUUUCCCUUCACCGGCGUCCUCGGAAUCAGACUACAGCCGACGAACGCCGGAGAUGCAGGGUUACGAGGAGAGGGGCAUGUUCUCCCACCAGUACACCGACCGCCAGCUCUCGACCUCGCCUCCGCCCUUCUCGUACAGCUCGUAUCCCACUCCCGAGUCAGCCGCGUAUCCGGUGCCCUACACAACCACUGCACCCUACCACUCAAUACCAACCACCAUCUCGCCUGAGAUGACUACAUACGCCUACCUGCCUCCGCUCUCGGCUGCCUACCCUACCACGCUUCCUAGCCUGGCGCCACCCAUGAAGUCCGAGUACUACCAGGAAGACGACAUUGCAAAUCCCUUCGCGAGCGGCUACCAGCUCAUGAACUCAAUGGAGAUUCCUCCUCCACACGCUUACCCGCCUAGCGAUGCUCAUGUAAAGCUCCCUCCUCGCAAAUCCUACUCUUACGCACAUUGA